AUGGAGGAGCCAUCAGAGAAAGUCAACCCAGUUGUGGACCCAGAAACUCCUCAGAUGAAAGAUGAAGAGGGCUCAUCGGAUGAUUCAGAAGUCCCACAACCAGAAACACUAGUACAGGUCAUGAAAACGCUAACCCUGAACCCCAGUGCCAAUCAGUCAGCACAUCGUCUCAGCCUCCAUCACCGGAUUGGGAGCAGCCCUGUGGAGAACAGAAGUGAAAGAAUCUUGAGGGAAGUUCAAAGCGCCUUCCCCAAGAGAAAGGUCUGCACCUUGCUGUUGGUGUUGAAAGAUCCUAUAGCAAGGAUGAGAAGAUUUGUUCGGAUUGAGCAGAGACAAAGAAGGCUUGAAGGAAAUGAGUAUAAAGGGAACACUGAGCCAUUCAUAUGUCCCUGCACUUUCUGCCAUUAUCAGAGAUGGGAUCCUUCUGAGAAUGCUAAAACCAGGAAGAAUUAG